UCCGGGUUUUGACACAAAGUACAUGUUUUAUUAUAGUCAGAUAUUGAAGAGAGUGGAGUACAGAGUUGAGUAAGAUCAGAUAUGAGACUCCAUUUAAGUUUUGGGAAAAUUAAUAACUAGUUGCACAUUGUUUUAAAAGCGAUUUUUUCGAUUAUAGAAUGUUUGCCUCAUUAAGUCUUGAUUACGUGUUUAACCCUUUGAUUUUAUUUGUUGUUUAAAUUUUUCAUUAAAAAAUCAUGAAGAUAUGGAUAUGUAUUUAUUUGUGCUGUUUGAAAAGUUCAACAGUUUCUUGUCAGAAUUUAACUGGAGACAAUAUUUGCUUUAAAGGAAAUGCUCGUAUAUGCUGCAGUGACUAUAAAGCCAUUGGGAAUAUAUGUGUUGAAUGUGAUCCAGGGCUCUGGGGCCCAAAUUGUUCCUCGACCUGUCCAGCAGACCACUAUGGACGAAGAUGUCAAGAUAAAUGUCACUGUUCAUCAUUUCAAUAUUGUGAUAGAGAAAGUGGAUGUUUGUGUAACAGGACCAGUGCUAAUUGUACGAGAACAGAAACAACUGUGGAAACAAAUUUGGAAUCAAGUUCUGAUAUCACAACAAGAACAAACAUAAAUGAUAAAACAAACGAAUCUAAUUUACUCACAGUUAUAAUUUCAUCGGCAAUAUCCGUAACUGCUCUUGUCAUUUGGGGCUCCGCUAUAAGUUUCUGGAUAAAGAAAAGAUUAAGAAAGGCAAAGGAAAGUAGACAAACUACGGGAAAACAAUUAUUGUCACACACCGAGGAAAUGUCCUCUAGUGUCCCUCAAACCCACCAGACAAGAGAUGAUCUUACUCAGGACAUAUACGCUCAUACAACAUCUGGGAUUUACCACCAUUUAAGUCUCAGAGUACAGCUUAGUAGUUUAUCUGAUAGUGACAACAACAGAGAGAACCCCUCUCAUUGCCCGGGUCUCUCCCCUGAUACAAUUUCUGAACAAAGUGAGGAAAGAAUCCAAACCGAAGAAAAAGAAUCACAAACAGACAUUCAUACGGACAGCGAAAAUUCAGAGGAAGUGUUUUUUGAUGUGAGCUAUGUAGGACUUAAUUCAGAUAUUGUGCAAACAGAUGAAACAUUAAGAUGUUCCUUGAAACCAGACACAGACGUAGAAGAUGAUGAGUAUUGUGACGUGAAAUACACGGGACAACAUUCUAUAAUUGUAUACGGAAAUGAAGUUCUAAGACAACAAAAUUCUUCCAAAUCCGAACCAGACGUUGAUAAUGACGGUGUGGCAGAUUAUAUUAAUUGUAUUAAUAUUUUUCAGGUUAAUGAAUCUGUUGGCGAUGUUUAUUCUUCGGUACAAAAAACUUCAAAAAGGUCAAAUUGUAGUGAAAAUUUUUAGAAUUUUUUUUUCAUGAUAUGGAAUGGAACAGUUAAAAUGAAGUAAGAAUGUUUCUAGAAUUACUCUAGGGCCUGCCUCCAAGUCAUGUUAUGGUGAACAUAGAUUUAAGAAUGUACAUCUGCAAGAGAUUUAAAUGUAGAAAACUCCGUAUUUUAGCUUUAGAUUUUAAAUAAGAUUAUUUGGUUCUUUCUCUGUUUAUAAGUUUGUUUAUGUACAUAAAUUCAGGCCUUCGUUUGAACAAUUAUUGUUUAUUGCUAAUUGUUGUUAAUUCAAAAAGUAUGAAUGACCUAAAAGUGAAUUGUCACAUAUCGUUUACUUAUUAAAGUUCUGUGUAAAUAUUGUUUAAGACUAAAAGUUGUUAUUUAGAAAUACAAUAGAAAAGGCUUCUAAAGCGAUAUAAAAUUGAUUUGCAUGGGUAUAUUCAGUUUGUAGCAAAACAUUACAAAGAUAAUAAGACUACACAAAAGCUUACUUUUUUGCGAUUAGACAAAGAAGUGGUGUAAAAUAAUGACAAAAUAAAAAAAAUGUGUAUCACCCUAUAAAACAGGUUUACUGAUGAUGAUUUGUAUUAACGAAAAAAAAACCCCCAGAAAAAUCUCAAAUAACUUUGAUUUGGAAAAUUAACGACAACGAACGGUGAUCAAUUUGGAAAAAAACUGAAAUCAAAUCAAAUAUGUA